AUUUGGGAUCCUGUCCCGGUGCUGCGCAGAGCCGGGGGUGGCGGCGGCGUCCCCAGGUGGGUGUGGGGUCGGGGGGCGAAGGGGUAGGGGGGCGUCUGGGGGGGGGAGGGGGGGUCUGCUUUGGGGGGUGGGUGUCCCUAUGGGGUCUGUGCCGCGUCGAUGGGUGGAUGAGGGCGGUGUGAGCCCCCCGUGUGGUUGGGGGGCACAGGGGGGGCGCGAGGGACGGGUUCUGUGCUGUUCAGUUGUGCCCUAUAGGCCAUGGGGGCCCCAUAUUGUGCACAGCGGGUGCUUGGAUAGGGUGUAUGGGCCCCAUAUUGUGCACCCAUAGAGAGUGUAUGGACCCCAUAUUGUGCACCCAUAGAGGGUGUAUGGACCCCAUAUUGUGCACCCAUAGAGGGUGUAUGGGCCCCCCAUUGCACACCCAUAUAGGGUGUAUGGGCCCCCAUUGUGUACCCAUAUAGAGCAUAUGGGUUCCCCAUUGCACACCCAUAUUGAACAUAUGGGUUUCCCAUUGCAGACUCAUAUAGGAUGCAUGGAGUUCCCGUUACACAGCCAUAGAGGGUGUAUGGGCCCCCCAUUGCACACCCGUAUAGGUUGUAUGGGCUCCCCAUUGUGUACCCAUACAGGGUAUAUGGGUUCCCCAUUGCACACCCAUAUUGGACAUAUGGGUUUCCCAUUGCAGACUCAUAUAGGAUGCAUGGAGUCCCCGUUGCACACCCAUGUAGGACACAUGGGCUCCCCAUUGCCCUCUCAUAUGGGGUAUAUGAGUUUCUCGUUGCACGCCCAUGUAUGGGAUAUGGGCUCCCUGCUGCAGACCCAUAUAGGACACAUAGGCUCCCUGUUACACACUUAGAUAGGACAUAUGGGAUCCCCAUUGCACACCCACGUAUGAUGUAUGGGCUCCCUAUUGCACAGCCACACAGGGCAUCUGGAUUUCCCAUUGCACACCUAUACAGGACAUUUGGGAUAUGGGCUCCCCAUUGCACACCCACGUAUGGGAUAUUGGCUCCCCAUUGCACACCCAUGUAUGGGAUAUGGGUUCCCUAUUGCACACCCAUGUAUGGGAUAGGGGUUCCCUAUUGCACACCCAUGUAUGGGAUCGAGGUUCCCCAUUGCACACCCAUGUAUGGGAUAUAGGUUCCCCACUGCACACCCAUGCAUGGGAUAUGGGCUCCCCAUUGCACACCCAUGUAUAGGAUAUGGGCUCCCCAUUGCACACCCAUGUAUGGGAUAGGGGUUCCCUAUUGCACACCCGUGCAUGGGAUACGAGCUUCCCAUUGCACACCCAUGCAUGGGAUAUGGGUUCCCUCUUGCACACCCAUGUAUGGGAUAGGGGCUCCCUACUGCACACCCAUGUACGGGAUACAGGUUCCCUAUUGCACACCCAUACAGCACACGGGGUCUCCCCAUCGCACACCCCACACCCACGACCCCGCAGCGUUGGGGUCUCUGGGGCUGACCCGGCGCCCCCUCAGCGCUCCCCACGGGCUGCGGGUGGGACGAGGGGGGCGCAGCGGGGCGGGGUUGGAGGCUCAUUAUCAGUGGGGCGCAGCGGGGCUGACGCAAGAGGCGGUGGGGCAGCUGUGGGGUGGGGAGCGGGGCGGCUGUGCUGGGGGGCCGCUGCCAAAGCGGGGCCAGGCGGGGCAGGAAGGAGGGGGCCGGGUCCGAGGCGGCCGUGGUUCCCGUGUCCCCGUCACCGCUCCCGUGUCCCCAUCGUGUCCUCCGCGGCCCCACGGUGGCUCCUGCGUGGCCCCCCCCGCCGUGGGCUCCCGCGGCCCCACCGCCGCCCUUGGGACCCCCCGGGGGUCCCCGUGACCCUGCUGGGGUCCCCGCUGCUGCCAGCCUGGGAGUGAAGCUCCUGCGUCACCCUGAGCGGGGCAUGGUGCCGCCAGGCUGAGCGCCGGCACGCAGCGGGGGGGUGAGUGGAGCCAUGGAGGGGCCCGGCCAGGACACCGAGGACGCGCUACGCAGGAGCCUGGACCCCGAGGGCUACGAGGACACCAAGGGCUCCAGGACAUCCCUGGGGACGAUGAGCAGGCCCCUUGGUGGCAUUGGGUCCCCUCUGCGGAGAGGCGAGCAGCUGUCCCCGCUGCGCCGCUUUCUGCCCCGCCACCGGGGAUCCUAUGACGUGGAUGGGAGGAGGCACGAGGUCGGGGCCCCCCCGGGACGGGACGGUGGCAGAGGGCAGAAUCCAUUGGUGAGCGAUGUGGACCUGGAGGCGGCGGGGAGCCGACAGCCCACGGCCCACAGGGACACCUAUGAGGGCUACGUGGAGCUGCACGAGUUGGUGCUGGACAGCGGGAAGGAUCCGUGCUGGAUGGAGGCCGGGCGCUGGCUGCAUCUGGAGGAGAGCAUGGAGCCGGGGGGGGCGUGGGGCAGCCACCUCCCCCUGCUCACCUACCACAGCCUGCUGGAGCUGCACCGCGCCUUCGCCAAAGGCGUUGUGCUGCUCGACGUGGCGGCCACCUCGCUGGCAGCCGUGGCCCACGUGCUGCUGGAUCAGCUCAUCUACGAGGGGCAGCUGAAGCCGCAGCACCGCGACGACGUCCUGCGGGCGCUGCUGCUGCGGCACAAGCACCCCAGUGAGGCCGAGUCGGUGUGGACGCUGCCGGCGGCGCAGCUGCAGUGCUCGGACGGGGAGCAGAAGGACGCGGAGCAGCGCGCACUGCUGCGGGAGCAGCGGGCUGUGGAGAUGAGGGAGCUGCAUGGGGCCGGGCAGAGCCCCUCCAGGGCGCAGCUCGGCCCACAGCUCCACCAGCAGCUCCCCGAGGACACCGAGGCCACGCUGGUGCUCGUGGGCUGCGCAGCGUUCCUGGAGCAGCCGCUGUUGGCGUUGGUGCGGCUGCGCGCGGCGCUGUCCGCGGACGCGGUGCUGGCCGUGCCGCUGCCCGUGCGCUUCGUGCUGACGGUGUUGGGCCCCGACAGCCCCCGCCUCAGCUACCACGAGAUCGGCCGCGCCGCCGCCACCGUCAUGGCCGACCGGGUGUUCCGCCGGGACGCCUACCUGUGCGGGGGCCGUGCGGAGCUGCUGGGGGGGCUGCAGGGCUUCCUGGAGGCCAGCAUCGUUCUGCCGCCCCAAGAGGUGCCCAGCGAGCAGCACCUGCAUGCCCUGAUCCCACUGCAGCGCCAGCUGCUCCGCCGCCGCUACCAGCACCCCGACACCGUGCGCAGCCCCGGCGGCCCCACGGCCCCCAAAGACACAGGGGAUAAGGGCCAGGCUCCGCAGGACGACGACCCCCUGCUCCGGACGAGGCGGCCGUUUGGGGGGUUGGUGAGGGACAUCCGCCGCCGUUACCCCAAAUACCUCAGUGACAUCAGGGAUGCGCUCAACCCGCAGUGCCUGGCAGCCGUCAUCUUCAUCUACUUCGCAGCGCUGUCGCCCGCUAUCACCUUCGGGGGUUUGCUGGGUGAGAAGACCCGCGGUAUGAUGGGGGUGUCGGAGCUGCUGCUCUCCACCAGCGUGCAGUGUUUGCUCUUCAGUCUGCUGAGCGCGCAGCCUCUGCUCGUCGUCGGCUUCUCGGGGCCACUGCUGGUCUUUGAGGAGGCUUUCUUCAGGUUCUGUGAGGAUCAUGGCCUGGAGUACAUCGUGGGCCGGGUGUGGAUCGGCUUCUGGCUCAUCCUGCUGGUGCUGCUGGUGGUGGCCUGCGAGGGCAGCGUCCUGGUGCGCUACCUGUCCCGAUACACGCAGGAGAUCUUCUCCUUCCUCAUCUCCCUCAUCUUCAUCUAUGAGACCUUCGCCAAACUCGUCACGAUCUUCGAGGCCCACCCGCUGCAGCAGAGCUACGACACGGACGUCAGCACGGAGCCCUCCGUGCCCAAACCCAACACGGCGCUGCUGUCCCUCGUGCUCAUGGCCGGCACCUUCUUCCUCGCCCUCUUCCUCCGUCAGUUCAAGAACAGUGUGUUCCUGCCCGGCAAGGUGCGGCGGCUGAUCGGGGACUUCGGGGUGCCCAUCUCCAUCUUCGUCAUGGCCCUGGCUGACUUCUUCAUCAAGGACACCUACACGCAGAAGCUGAAGGUGCCCAGAGGGCUGGAGGUGACCAACGGCACCGCCCGCGGUUGGUUCAUCCACCCCAUGGGCAGCGCCACCCCCUUCCCCAUCUGGAUGAUGUUCGCCUCCGCGGUGCCCGCCCUCCUGGUCUUCAUCCUCAUCUUCCUCGAGACGCAGAUCACCACCCUCAUCGUCAGCAAACCGGAGCGGAAGCUGGUGAAGGGCUCGGGGUUCCACCUGGACCUGCUGCUCAUCGUGGCCAUGGGCGGCCUGGCCGCGCUCUUCGGCAUGCCCUGGCUGAGCGCCACCACGGUGCGCACCAUCACGCACGCCAACGCGCUCACCGUCGUGGGUAAGAGCGCCGUGCCGGGGGAGAGGGCCCACAUCGUGGAGGUGAAGGAGCAGCGGCUCAGCGGGCUGCUGGUGGCCGUGCUGAUCGGCGUCUCCAUCCUGAUGGAGCCCAUCCUGAAGUACAUCCCGCUGGCGGUGCUCUUCGGCAUCUUCCUCUACAUGGGCGUCACGUCGCUCUUCGGCAUCCAGCUCUUCGACCGCAUUCUGCUGCUGCUGAUGCCCCCCAAGUACCACCCCAAGGAGCCGUACGUCACCCGGGUGAAGACGUGGCGGAUGCACAUCUUCACCCUGACGCAGAUCCUCGUGCUGGCGCUGCUGUGGGGGGUGAAGGUCAGCCCGGCCUCCCUGGCGCUGCCCUUCGUCCUCGUCCUCACCGUGCCGCUGCGGCGCCUUCUGCUGCCCCGCAUCUUCAGCGAGAUCGAGCUCAAAUGCCUGGACACGGACGACGCAGUGGUGACAUUUGAAGAGGCGGAGGGCCAGGACGUGUACAACGAGGUGCAGAUGCCCAGCUAAGGUCCCGCCGUGCCCCCACCCACGUGUAGAUCCACCAUCGCCCCCCAGAGCCGCGUCCUGCCCAGAGCGUCCCGCUAUGGCCGCCCAGCGUCCCGGGGUAGGGAUGGAACAGCCCAGCACAGGGGGUAGGGGUUUGUAACGCAGAGAAUCGCUGCAAAAACACCAAAAAAAAAAAGAAAAAAAAAAGCAAAAAAAUAGCAAAAAAAAAGCGCCAACGCUUCUGCAGAGAAAAGGCAACGCUUGCGCAGGUAGAGCUCACAGCAGAAAGGAACAGCAGCAAAAAGCACUUAGAAGCAGCCGCCGCCAGGAGCGAUGUGUACAUUGCUGCUCGCCACGGGGGGCUGUAAUUUAUUGCUGAGUGUGUGUGUGUGUGUGUGUGUGUGUGUGUGUGUGUGUACAGAGCGCCGAGCAAUGAGGAGACGCUGCGACUGUCCGCGACAGAGUCGGACUGCGGGCACCGUCUGUCUGUCCGUCCAUCUGUCCGUCUGCUCUGCUGCGGGCGCUGCUGAAUGCGUCGGUGCCGUCCCGUUGGGUUGGGGCCUUCCACUCCAACCCAUGUAGUUCUCCCUGGAUUUCUCCCCGCCGUGAUGGCUGCUUGCUGCCCACCGCCCGCCCCGAGCCCAUUCCCAAUGGGAUAUCCCAAAGCCAUUCCCAAUGGGAUCUCCCAAAGCCAUUCCCAAUGGGAUAUCCCAAAGCCAUUCCAGUGGGAUCACUCCCAAAUCCAUUCCCAAUGGGAUUUCCAAAACCCAUUUCCAAUGGGAUCACUCCCAAACCCAUUCCCAAUGGGAUCUCCCAAAGCCAUCCCAAUGGGAUUUCCCAAAGCCAUUCCCAAUUGGGAUCUCCCAAAGCCAUUCCCAAUGGGAUAUCCCAAAGCCAUUCCCAAUUGGGAUCUCCCAAAGCCAUUCCCAAUGGGAUAUCCCAAAGCCAUUCCAAUACAAUCACUCCCAAAACCCAUUUCCAAUGGGAUCUCCUAAAGCAAUUCCAAUGGGAUCACUCCCAAACCCAUCCCCAAUGAGAUCUCCAAAACCUAUUUCCAAUAGGAUAUCCCAAAUGCAUUCCAAUGGGAUCACUCCCAAACCCAUUCCAAAUGGGAUUUCCAAAACCCGUUCCAAUGGGAUCACUCCCAUUCCCAAUGGGAUCUCUCAAACUUAUUCCUAAUGGGAUAUCCCAAACCUAUUCCCAAUGGGAUUUCUCCAAACCAGUCUCCAAUGGGAUCGCUCCCAAAUCCAUUCCAACGGGAUCUCCCAAACCCAUUCCCAAUGGGGUCGCUCCCAAAUCCAUCCCCAAUGGGACUUUCCAAACCCAUUCCCAUUCGGAUCUCCCAAACCCAUUCCCAAUGGGGUCGCUCCCAAACCAGCCCCAGUGCCGGUGCACAAACAUGGGUGUGCAAAGCCCCAUCUCAGCGGGACGUCACCCCUCUUUGCCAACGGGAGAGGGGAAAUCUCGACAGGGAAAUCCUAAAUAAGCAGCAAGGAGCAGAGCAGGUGUGGGGCGCUGCGGCCGACCCCGGAGUGCUGUGAUUUGGGGUUGUUUUACCACUGUUGUGUCCAAAAUAAAUGGUGGUGCGUGCUUUGUUUUAUCUUCCCCUCCCAACCCACCCCCACCUCAGGCUUUAAUAAAGACAUUUAUUACAACAGGA